GUCCUUACUCUAUGCCAGCCAUUGCGAGGCCCAGUGGUCGUCUCCAAAGCAGCAUAUGUAUUCAGAUAUGAAAAAAUAUGAAGAAAGUCGAGAUCUUUUCUUCGAAGGGAUUCAUAAUGUGUCUACGGAAUUCAUUUUACGUUGAAAGGACGAAAAUUUAACAGAAGAACCUGGCAUAAUCAAGCGGCAAGCGAGUCGAAUUGUACUGGUGCUUCAGCAGAAUGUCUCAUUUGAAGACCUCGACUUUUCCUGGGACGUACGAAAUUCUCUUCGAUGCGCUUGACUACGAACAAGCCAUUAGCAUUGGUGAACUUCACCAAGGCUCGGUUCGAGCCUCCAACAUCCCAAGUCCCAUCCCAGAGAGAUUAUCCUUCCCAUCAACUCUCUGGCCCAGCCGUAUUCUUCUCACCACCAACUCCGCCACAUCUCUCCUUCCCUCCAAAUCACCCUCCUCCUCAUCAAACGAAACAUUGCAGGAAAAACUCCCGAACAGCAAACCCGGUCUCCUACGACAUCCAAUCAUAGCCAGACCGUCGUCGAUCAUCAUCACAACCCCCAGAUCAUCGUCAGAAAAGUGCGAGAAACAGAAACGGGAGCGGAAACGGGUGAGAUUUCUCGAUGUCGAGACUGGUCUUGAAAUCGCCUGCUGUCGCAGUGAAUUAGAGACAAACGAGAAAAUCCCCAGCGGGUUUUUCUUGCCGGACAGGGUUCUUCUGCGCGAGAUUGAAGAGGAUGAGGUGAGGAUUUGGAUUUUCUUGGUUUGCCUGGUGGCUAUGGUUUGCUUUGGGUUGGUUGUUUUUGUUGGGGCGGCAGGACAGGGGAGAAGGGCAUCAUGAACGAUUUAUGACGAGUGUGGUUAAAUG